UUUACAUCGCAUCGAAAGUCAAAAUUUCAAAUGGCUAGAGUUGCAGCAUUCCUGCCUUCUUCAAAGGAGUUCUUCGUGAUCUUACAAGAACGUACGGACAAGGCAGAAGGCGACCGUUAUAGGAGAUUCAUAGCUGUACUGUUUCUGCAGCGAAUGGCACGAGGCUACUUGAUUAGGAAGCAUGUUGCGUGGUUGUCGAAGAACGCCACGAUUAUUCAGUGCGCAUUCAGGGUCCAUCAGGCCCGGAAGGCGUAUAAGGUAGCCUUGCGUCGAGCUGUGAGGCAGAAACAUGGGAGACACUACGACAGAGCUGCUACUAAAAUACAGGCUUUAUGGCGUGGUCACUAUUCAAGACGCACCAAAUUCUGCUACCGCCGCUACCGCCGCUGGCUGGCCACCGUGACUGAGAGAGGCGAGCAUCGCGCUGCCGAGGCCUUGGAGUUUGGCCUCAUCAGCAGAGCUGACAACCUCAGGAUCCUUGAGGAGGAAGCAAGGAAAUGGCUUGCCUUUGUCGUAUUCAAACUGCAUCACCUCCUUAGAACUUUCUGCCGCGCAGGGGUCUAUUCUGACCCAGCUACUACAGAACUAAUGCAAUUUGAAAAACUUUUAAAAUCAAUUCGCUACAAGCAGUAUAUGAACAGAUUGAAACGGAAAUAUGACGAAUUUGUCAGAAAGCAUCGUCCCAAUUUCUCUAAUAAGAGGCUUUUCCCUAUUAUUGGAGAUGGAACCGAUUACUGGUAUUUAUCUUUACCCGAAAUGUAUGAGUUGACCAGUCCAGCAGUGCCCAAGCUUCACAAUAGCCGGCAUUCGCAAUUGCAUCACGGGUCUAUACAUAAGGAACCUUUUUUGUGGAGGAAAGUGAGGCCUCCGACCGCCUUUUCUGAUAGAGGGCCCUUUAUGCCGAAGUCGCUGGCACGGUGCAAGAUCCCAGUGGCACCAGCGCCAACUCCUGCAGAAGCUGGAGAUGCUGAACCUCAAAAAGACCCUAGGUUCCACUUGUAUGUUCAAUAUUAUACUCCUCAACCGAAACUAAUGGAUUACGUAGAUUUCCAUGUAAACAUUCUGACGAACCGAAAAAGUUCGAUACAACAAGUGAACGACGAAUAAGUGUUUUUUAACUGUUUCAACGCGCAAGAUUUACCUAUGACUCAAAAGUUUCACAUUAUAUAAUAUAUGCACUAUUGCCAACUGUUAACUGUCCACCGGUAGACCUUAUGCCUUUUGUAAUAAGGCCCACCUAUUUACAGUUAAGAGUGUUUUUGUUUGUACAUAAUUAUAGUAUUAUAAAAAACUGCCUCACUAAAUUCUUGUUUUUCUUUACCAACCCAUUGGCAGUUAUAAAACUCAUUAAAAGGUAUCUAAAAAUCAAAGACUAAUACGCUGGUAGCGUAGCGUAGGCUUACUUCUCUACUGGAUACCGGCGGAAGUCUGAGUAAGCUUUUUCGCAAAAUUUCGAAGUAAAUAAAACAAGUUUUAUUUACAAACACUUGGGUAUACGUGGCGCGGUAUUAUUCUCUUAUUUUCUUAUUCGGAAAUCCGUAAUCAGGCUGCUAAGUUUGGAAGGGUCGUCCGGAUGUUGGGCCGCGAGCCUUUUGUUGUUACGCUUUUGUUGUUGUGAAUUUUACACUUGUAAUUUAUUUCAGGAAACGCCUUGGCGAGAAAGAAAUUACGUUUAACUCUUCAAGGAAAAUGUGUUUUAUAAAUUUGCAUUUUGUUUCUGUAGGUUUUGGAGUGUUGAUGUUAUAAAUGGAUCUCUAGCGAAACUAGGCGAGGCGAAAAAACAAAAUAGAGAUUUUGAAAA